AUGUUGGAGUUUAAGUUGUUGUCUUUGCUGCUCUUGACCUGCCUUCCCGAUGGCUUCGCGGCGCCCGUACAAGUCCCGCUGCAAGUCCCUGCAACGCGCCAACGGCGGAAGCUGCAGGGGCGGUUUCUGCAUAUCACUGACAUGCAUCCGGAUGGUCAUUUUCAAGUAGACGCCUCGGAGAAGUCUUCUUGUCACCGAAAGAAACCAAGGAAAGCCAAGAGACGGUCUGGCUACUUUGGCAUGCCGUUUAGUAAUUGCGAUGCGCCGUUUACGUUGACGAACUACACGCUUGACUUCCUGGACAAGGAAUGGAGCUCAGAGAUUGACUUUGUUGUUUGGACUGGGGAUAGCGCAAGACACGAUAAUGACCGCAAAAUUCCCCGAACAACCGCGGAGAUUUACGGACUCAACAGAGCCAUUACGAAGCGGAUGGAGGAAGUAUUUACGAGCAAGGGUAUUCCUGUAGUCCCAAGUAUUGGGAACAAUGACGUCUGGCCACAUAACAUCAUGAUGCCAGGUCCGAACAGCAUUACCUUUGAAUUCUCCUCCAUAUGGAGAUCUUUCAUGCCAUUCGAGUCCUAUCAAGUGUUCCAAAGAGGCGGGUAUUAUUCUGUCGAGGUUAUUCCAGACUCUCUCGCGGUGAUAAGCCUGAACACUAUGUACUUUUACGAUUCGAACAAAGCUGUGGGUGGAUGUGAAUAUACGGAUCCAGAGGACCCCGGGAACCUUCAGUUCGACUGGCUCGAAGUACAGCUCGACAUUUUCCGACGGAGGGGCAUGCAGGUUUGGUUGACAGGUCAUGUGCCUCCUUCAUCCAACAACUUCUUUCCCGACUGCUAUGUCAGGUACGCAGAGUUAUCUUUGAGGUACCAGGACACCAUUCUGGGACAUCUGUACGGGCACAUGAAUGCGGAUCACUUCUUCUUCAUGGACGCUGAAACCAUCAGUUCAACGUCUGUUCCAUCGUUGACCGAUGACCCCGACGAGAUUGACACCCUCGGACGCAAGAAGGAGCUGUACGACACACUCAUCAGGACCUUUGCUGAUUUACCCAAGGGUACUAAGAAUAUCAGCUAUGAUGACUACGGAGUGGUCAAUGUCUCGCCGUCUGUAGUCCCAAACCCGUAUUUGCCGUCUUUUCGGAUCUUCACGUACAACAUCACCGGCAGCCAGUACGUUCCAAAAGCCCAGGACGAGGAGGAAGGAACUCUGCAGGCAUCAAAUAGCAUAAGUCUUGCAGGUAGAGCUGCAUCGUGCAACGACUCCAUGCAUCGGAAUACUUGGAGAUGUCAGCUCACUCAGCCAUGGCAUUCCAAUCCACACUCUCCUUCACGCAGCAAUAACCUAUGGUCACCCUUGGGCUUCGCGCAGUAUUAUUUGCCAGACCUGGAGUUUGGGACUGCGAAGCGGCCACCCAAGUAUAAACUGGAGUACUUGACAUACCAGAUAGCGCAGUUGCACCCGCCAGAAAAGAAGGCAGGACUGAAGCCUUAUUACCCGAUCCCUCUGCGGCAUCUGCCCAAGUCGCUGCGGGACCCCAACCGGACGGAGUCGAAGUUUGCACCGUAUGAGCUGGCGGACUUGACGAUACCGUCGUGGACGGAGCUAGCACAGCGGCUGGGAGAGCAGGGGGAGAAGAAGCUUCGAAGGCGGUUUAGGCGGUACAUGUUUAUGGGAUCAGUGAAGGCGUGA